CGCAGGGGCGGGAGAAGCGCCGCGAAGGAGCCGGGACAGCUGCCGGCGGGCGGGACUGCAGCCCGGCGGCCCGCGGGGCUCCCCGGCAAGGCCCCGGCCCCGCUGGGGGGUACCGGGAAACGGCUCGGUUAGGCCUCAACCGCGGGCCGCCCCCUCGCAGCCCAUGGGCAGGGCUGGGGAGAUCCCCCCCGGCCCCGGGGAUGGGACCCCACCGCUCCCCCCGUCCUGCAAACGGCCGCAGGGGUCAGGGAACGGGUCCCGCUCCGGGCUGACACGCCACACGCUCCCCCGCCCUGCACCCCGAAAGCCGGGAGGGCUGCUGGGCCCUUCUCGCCGCGGCUGCGGGUACCUGCGCUCAGGGCAGCUGCGGGGCUGCCGCGUUCCGGGAUCUCUCGGAGCUGCACGGAGAUGCCGAUGCCAGGGUCACAGCACAGACCAGCUCCCCGCCUCCUCGAGCCAAACUGGAUUCCAACCAGUGACCUGUGAGUUCAGGUGGGGGCUUUGUGCUGGCGGCUCUUUUGGACCUGAGCAGUGGUUUCUCCCCUGUCCCGGAGGAGCAGUGAGCCCCUGGGCCAGCAUGACGAGCGACGUGGUGGAGAACGAGUUUGAGUUUUACUCCAAGGCAGAAAAGUACUGGAAGGAUGUGCCUGCCACAGUGGAUGGAAUGUUGGGGGGCUAUGGCCACAUCUCCAGCAUCGACAUCAACAGCUCCAGGAAGUUCCUGCAGAGGUUUCUGCGGGACGGGCCCAACCGGACGGGGACAACGCGUGCCCUGGACUGCGGGGCGGGCAUCGGCCGCAUCACCAAGCGCCUCCUGCUGCCUCUCUUCAAGACAGUGGACAUGGUGGAUGUGACAGAGGAUUUCCUCACCAAGGCCAAGAGCUACCUGGGAGAGGAGGGCAGGCGGGUGCGUAACUACUUCUGCUGCGGCCUCCAGGACUUCAGCCCUGAGCCAAACUCCUACGAUGUCAUCUGGAUCCAGUGGGUCAUCGGCCAUCUCACCGACAACCACCUCUCGGAUUUCCUGAGGCGAUGCCGCGCUGGCCUGAGGCCCAACGGCAUCGUGGUCAUCAAGGACAACAUGGCUCAGGAGGGGGUGAUCAUGGACGAUGUGGACAGCAGCGUCUGCCGCGACCUGGACGUGGUGCGGAAGAUCAUCCGCCGGGCCGGGCUGCACCUCCUGGCUGAGGAACGGCAGGAGAACUUCCCUGAUGAGAUCUACCACGUCUACACCUUCGCCAUGAGAUGAGGGCAAGGGGAGGAGGUCUCUCCAGAGGCAGCUGGGAGCACGGGCCAGCACGGUGUGGUUCCUGCGGGGGCUGGGAGGGGCGAGGCCUGUGCCUUGGCUGCGGGGACGGCGGGGAGGGCCUCAGCGCUCCCUCUCUCCGGGGCUUUGUCUUCCAAGUUGCUGCUGUUUGUGACAAGAAGUGUUUGCCAAAUACAUUUUCCU